CCAUCAUGGCGGCGCCCCGCACCGCAGACGGGGUGGAGGAGUCGGGCAACAGCGACACUGGACCGGCUCUCAGCGGGACUCUCGGAUCCAUCCAGGAGGCGAAGAGACCGCAGUUCGGGACCCGGUUCCUCACGGACCCGCGGCAGGUGUUCCAGCACAACGCGUGGGACAAUGUGGAGUGGACCGAUGAGCAAGAAGAAGCUGCGAAGAAGAAAGUUUUAGAACACAGUCACCCUCUACCUCCAGAGAAACAAGAGGAAUACGACAGCCAGGCCAAUGAGUACUGGAAUGGGUUUUAUACAAUCCACGAGAAUCGCUUCUUCAAAGACCGCCAUUGGCUCUUCACGGAGUUCCCAGAGUUGGCCCCGCAGUGUAGUCUCAACCAUGAAUCACCUCCAGAUGUUGCAGCGGCUGUUGACAGCCAGCAGGACGGCCCGGAUCAAAAACAGUGUACGGAUUUUGCAGCUUCACCUCAAGGAAACGGUGACUUUCCCGGCGCCUGUGCGGCUUAUCGGAUUCUGGAGGUUGGCUGUGGUGUGGGGAACACGGUCUUUCCAAUACUGAAGACCAACAAUGACCCGGGACUUUUCGUUUACUGCUGUGAUUUCUCCAGCACCGCUGUGGACUUGGUCAAAACUAAUCCCGAGUACGACUCUGAGCGCUGCUUUGCCUUCGUCCACGACUUGAGUGACGUGGAAGCCACUUACCCCAUCCCUGAUGGAGCUCUGGAUGUCAUAGUGUUGAUCUUUGUGCUGUCGGCUCUGCAUCCAAACAAGAUGCAGGCGUCCAUCAGCAGACUAGCACGCCUGCUGAAGCCUGGCGGGGUGAUGCUGCUCAGGGACUACGGGCGCUAUGAUAUGGCACAACUGCGAUUUAAAAAAGGGAGGUGUCUCUCAGAAAACUUUUACGUCCGCGGCGAUGGAACGAGAGUGUAUUUCUUUACUCAGGAUGAGCUUCAUGAGCUGUUCACUAAUGCAGGGCUGGAGAAGGUGCAGAACCUGGUGGACAGGCGGCUGCAGGUGAACAGGGGGAAACAGCUCACCAUGUACAGGGUGUGGAUCCAGUGCAAGUACCGCAAGGCGUCUUGAGACGCAGGAUGGGGCGCAGAUGAGAGAACCCACCUGGCCUGAUCUCCAGCACGGAAGCGAUGAGCUGAGAGGAAGCUGGCGCUGGCCUUUUCCAGGGCGUCAACAAAACUGAGAAGCUUUAUUGUAGCUGUGAUGAAGGGGAGGCAACGGGAUCGUUAAAGGCUCUUCCUUUUCUCAGCUGCAACAACGUGGUCGGACUCGUCUACUCUGGUGCCACAGUCUUGGCGACAAGAGCAAUGAUUUACUGCCUCAGUACUCGGUAAUCUCAGAAAGGGCUGGUCACCUCUGUAACAAGGUUUCUAUUCUUACAAAUGUUGUUUUCAAUCAGUUGAUGUUUUGAAAUAAAU